GCUGCUGCUGCUGUUUCUCUGCAGGACGUUUAAAUUCAGGACCCAACAAGCAACAGAUCAGCUCAGCCAAAAAACACAUUUGACUUGAGGAGAGCUUUACAUCAGGUAAAAUAUGUUCCUGUCUUGUUCCAUGCUCCUGUCUUCGUGUCUCUGCAUCGCCUCUGCAACAUUUGAUUAUUUUUUCGACGAGGGAUCCUUAAUGGAUCCAGAGGACACACUGAGCGUGAGCGUUCUUCUGCAGGGCGUACAGCGCCCUCUGCUGGGAGGAACCCUGUUACUGCCAUGCCACUUCCAGGACCACACCGUGGAAGACCCCGGUGCUCCCCCCAUCGACCCCCUUUCCCAUCGCAUUGUAUGGAGCCAUGUCACAAAAGAAAAGGACACUACCAUCCUUGUGGCUUUGGAGGGAAGGGUGCGCAUCGGCGAAGGUUACCUGGACAGAGUUCACCUGCUGAACUACCCCCAGCACCCAGCAGAUGCCAGCAUCCAGAUAUCUGAGCUGCGUUCCAGUGACUCAGGAGUAUAUCGCUGUAAAGUGCAAAGUGGCAUAGAUGACACAUAUGACACUGUGCACGUCCAUGUUCAAGGUAUCGUGUUUCACUACCGGUCCUUUAUGGGUCGCUACACUUUGACUUUUGAGGAAGCAAAGCAAGCCUGUGCCAUGAGCAGCGCAGUCAUUGCUUCUCCUGAGCAGCUGCAAGCGGCGUUCGACGAUGGUUUCCACCAGUGCGACGCCGGCUGGUUGUCCGAUAAAACAGUGCGGUACCCAAUCCACGAGCCUCGUAUGAACUGCUUUGGUGAUAAAGAAGAACUUCCUGGGGUCAGGACGUACGGCGUGAGAGAUCUCAAUGAGACAUAUGAUGUUUACUGCUUUGCAGAAAGGAUGACGGGCAGAGUUUUCCACGCUACUUCUGCAAGGAAGUAUAGCUUCUCCGAGGCUGUGUCGGCGUGUUCCCGCCAGGGAGCUCAGCUAGCCACCACAGGCCAGCUCUACCUCGCAUGGAAGGGGGGGAUGGACGUCUGCAACGCCGGCUGGCUGGGAGACGGCAGCGUUCGAUACCCCAUCAAUGUUCGACGGCCACAGUGUGGAGGAGGUCUGCUGGGGGUGCGAACCGUGUAUCUCCACACCAACCAGACAGGAUACCCUCUUCCUGAUUCCCGUUACGAUGCCUUCUGUUAUAUAGACUCCCCAGACGACGAAGGUUCGGGCACCGACGAGGGAAGCGGCCUUCUGAUCGUUACUACCGUGACAAAGAGUCCAGAGCUGUUCUUCAGCACGACGACGACCACGGAGAGUGAAGCAGUUGGAGAGGUGGAGACUCAGCGACCACUUGACCUGAACUCCACCUACAGGGCGAGCCACAGCAAGCUGCCACUUCCUCAGCCAACAAGCACUGCAGAGAUCACCUUUAGCCUUGUAAAGGCUGUCAGCAACCAGCCGGCUGUGUUCAGGGAGCCCAGCAAAACCUCCGUCGUCUCUCCUGCAGAUGGUGUGGUCUUCCAUUACCGCUCACCAACUGGCCGAUAUGCUUUCACAUUCGUUGAGGCCCAGGUGGCCUGCCAGCGUGUCGGAGGCUCCAUGGCCACGCCUCAGCAGCUGCAGCAAGCAUACGAGACUGGAUAUCAUCAAUGUGAUGCUGGUUGGCUUCUGGACCAGACCGUGAGGUAUUCCAUUGUGUUUCCUCAAGAAAAGUGUGCUGGAGAUUUCCAGGAUCAACCUGGAGUUCGGUCAUAUGGUCUUAGACCCGCUGAUGAGAGACACGAUGUUUACUGCCACACUGAAGGAAUCAAAGGAGAGGUUUUUCAUGUGGGAUCUGCUGAGGGUUUCACCUACGACGAGGCCAUUUCUGCCUGUGAGAACCACAGUGCGGUGCUGGCCUCUACUGCACAGCUCUUCGCAGCCUGGAAAAUGGGCUUGGACAAGUGUCGCGCAGGCUGGCUGCUGGACCGCAGCGUCCGCUAUCCCAUCAACAGCCCCCGUCCUGGGUGUGGAGGAGGGAAAUCAGGGGUGUACACGCUGUACGCAAACCAGACACACUACCCUGAACCCGAUGCCAGAUAUGAUGCGUACUGUUUAAGAGCCGACUUUCUGGCAGAAGGAAAUGAAACUGGACUGAACAUCACAGGGAUCCAGAAGGCUCUGCCUAACCUGACAUCAGCUGGUGCCUUAUUGAGGACCGAUAUUUCUUCCAUUGUCCCUCCCAUCCCUGUGGAGAUUUCCGGUUCUGGCUCUGGUUUAGCAGAUUUUGAAUCAGCCUCUGGAGAACAGUCCAGUCCUGGAGUUACUCCUAGCACUGGGGACCAAAUUACCUCUGGAGAUCUGUUUGGUUCUGGAGACCAAGUUACCUCUGGAGAUCUGUCUGGUUCUGGAGACCAGGUUACCUCCGGAGAUCUGUCUGGUUCUGGAGACCAGGUUACCUCUGGAGAUCUGUCUGGUUCUGGAGACCAGGUUACCUCUGGAGAUCUGUCUGGUUCUGGAGACCAAGUUACCUCCGGAGAUCUGUCUGGUUCUGGAGACCAGGUUACCUCUGGAGAUCUGUCUGGUUCUGGAGACCAGGUUACCUCUGGAGAUCUGUCUGGUUCUGGAGACCAAGUUACCUCCGGAGAUCUGUCUGGUUCUGGAGACCAGGUUACCUCUGUAGAUCUGUCUGGUUCUGGAGACCAAGUUACCCCUGGAGAUCUGUCUGGUUCUGGAGACCAAGUUACCCCUGGAGAACUGUCUGGUUCUGGAGACCAAGUUACCUCUGGAGAUCUGUCUGGUUCUGGAGACCAAGUUACCUCUGGAGAUCUGUCUGGUUCUGGAGACCAAGAGGCAUUUGCAGAGGCUGAAAAAGGACGCACAGGAGUUUUUAACUUUUCUUUGUCUGGAGCUGGUUCCGGAGAGCUCAGUGGAAGUGGAGAUAUGUUUGGGUUUGGAUUUAACUUUACUGAACAAAAUCCUUCCAUACGUAGUUCUGGGCAAACUGGACCUCUAACUGGAAGUGGACAAUCUGGAGACGAUUCUGGAAGUGGAGAUGCUCAGAUCUCACCGAUAGAUGAAACUUUUGCCAAGAAGGAGAACACGCUUGGUGGAGAACCACUGGAUGUGAGUGGUUCUGGAGUCUUUUCAGGAUCUGGGAUUCCCAGUGGCGAUCAUAGUGGGUCGAGCUCUGGAAGUGGCUCUGACCUUACCGGUGUGACUUUCAUGGGUUCAGGCUUCACUGAACUCAUUGUGUCAUCUUCUGGAGAACAUGAGGAGGUCUCUGGGGGUUUAUUCUACAGCUCUGGACCAGGAAGCGGGGGACAGUUUUCGGGAUUUGGAAUCUCAAGUUUAAUUUCUUAUUCUGGAUCGGCGGUUUCUGGAUCAGGUUUCUCUGGAUCUGAAACAUCUACACCCACGUCAGAGGGUGGUGUUACAUUUAUCACUCAGGGUGUAAUGACAGAAAUAUCUGGAGAUGCUAAAGUGCCUCUGGAGCUAGAAGAGGGCUCAGUGGAGUACAGUGGAGAAGCAAGUGGUGGCAGCAGUGGGUUCUACUCUGGUGGCCAAGACACAGACUUAUCCAGGGACUACAUCUUCAUGCCAGGGGUUUCUUCUUCUAGAGAUUCUUCUGAUCCAUUGUUGGCAGUCCUACCCGCUCCAUCAGUUGACCCAGCUCUGACAGAUCCCAUAGGGACAGAGGAUGGAGCUGAACUGGCAGAGACCUCCAGAGUUUAUGUGACUCCAGGUCCAGAAAAUGUCCCAGCAGGACUGGCAGCUCCUCCUGCAGAAGCCAAACCGGCCUUUGUGCAGACACCAGACCUCAUGGAAGCCUUCAACCCAUGUAAACCGAAUCCUUGUGGUAAUGCUUCGUGCACAGCAGAGGGAGGAGUAGCUUUCUGCUUUGAGGCAGAAGUCUGCCAUCCCAACCCUUGCGCCAAUGGAGCCACCUGUGUGGAGAGCGCAGAUUCUUUCAAAUGCUUAUGCCUGCCCAGCUACGGAGGGGAACGCUGUGAGAUCGAGGAGCAGCGGUGUGAAGACGGUUGGACAAAGUUUCAGGGAAACUGCUACCUGCACUUCUCUGACAGGGAGGAGUGGCUGGAUGCAGAGAGACGCUGCCGGGACCUGAACGCGCACCUGGUCAGCAUCAUCACACCAGAGGAGCAGCAGUUUGUCAGCGCUACUGCGCAGGACAACCAGUGGAUUGGCCUGAACGACAAAACAGUGGAGAACGAUUUCCAGUGGACUGACGGCACUCCGCUGCAAUACGAGAACUGGAAGCUGAAUCAGCCAGAUAACAACUUAAACUCAGCAGAGGACUGCGUGGCGAUGAUCUGGCUUGAGAACGGCAAGUGGAAUGAUGUUCUCUGCACCUCCCAUCUGUCGUUCACCUGCAAGAAAGGACCAGUGUCUUGUGGGGCCCCGCCCGUGGUGAAGAACGCUCAUAUGUUUGGAAACAGGAGGUCGGAGUACCCCGUCAACUCCAUCGUCCGUUAUCAGUGCAACCCAGGGUUCAGACAGCGCCACCUACCGGUGGUCCGGUGCCAGGCUGACGGGCAGUGGGAGGAACCCAAAGUGCAGUGUGCUGAUGUAAAAGCCAGGAACAGAAUAACAGCAAGGACCAGCAGGAGUUCCUCAGUGAGCGGCAAAAAUAAAUAA